AGCAACAUGAGGAAGUCAAUUGUGAUAGUUGGAGCACUUCUGGUGACCAUUUUCGUGGUCCACCUCCCAGUUGGCCAGGCUGUCACCUGUGCCGAUGCUCCUGACGAUACUUCCUGCAUCGAUUGCACGUCAUCUGCGAAUGCGGACAAUGCCGAGUGUGCCACCACCACCACGGUGGCUCCUGACCCCACCACUGUAGCCGGCGAGACUACCACAGUGGCUACUGCCGCCGGAGAAACCACUGCUGCCUCUGCCUCUGCCACCACCGUAUCCUCUGCGUCCGGCAGCAAGAAGAAGACGAAGACUACAAGGACCUUCAGACGGACGAUAAGCAGGCCCAACAAGGUCAGGAGGAUUAGACGCAACAGGAACAGGAGCAACAGGAGGAGAAACAACUCUGGUUAA